AUGCGUCGGCGUCCGUUACCGCCAGUUCGCGAAGAAGUGACAAACUCGAAGUCGUGGCGGACACUAUGCGAGAGUGAGUGGGUGGUGUACACACUCGUCGCGUCUGUCGGGGCUCUGACGUACGCGAAUAGUUUGGGUGGCGAGUUCGUGCAUGACGACAUCCCCGCGAUCGUGUCCAACAGUGACGUGAAUGGUGGUAACCAUGUGCUCCAAGUGUUUAGGAACGACUUCUGGGGCACUCCGAUGUCAGACCACAAUAGCCACAAGUCGUAUCGGCCGUUGACGACACUGUCUUUUCGGUGA